AUGGUGCAGCGUCGAGCUGCUCAAAACCCUAUCUGCCCUACAAUCCAGCACGUUCUUGGUUUCGCGGCUCAUUGGCCACCCUCCAUCACAGAAGCCCUCAGCUUGGAUGUGGCGUGGUGGGGCUCUAAUCGCCUGCAGAUUGAUAUCGUACAGAGUACUGGGUACCUUGCCGGCGCCCGCAUCUCGGCAUGUGCUGGCCGUACCCCGCUACGAACCCGCUGA